AUGCGCCAGCAUAAUCAGAAGAGGUAUCUCCGGCGAAUGUCUACCCAGCCUCAUAAUCACAAUAACUCAACCAGUCCUCCUGUACCAACGCCAACCUCACCUCACGCAGAUGAUACUUGGUCUCCUCCGUCGCCCGCUACGAUUCUGGACUCGUCUAGGAAAGAUCCUUUUGACAGUUUGCCAGCUGUCACCUCUGUAGCUGACCAAGAACUGGCUGAUGCAUGGGUGAGCAAGUUAAGUUAUUGGUCAGGACAGAACCAGUACAUCAAGCUCCAGAUUUAUAAAGCGGCCAUAGCUCAUCCAGUGUGCUUUCAAGCGAUCAUUCUGGCUUAUUGCGCUCGCUGGCGGGCCCGAUUAUACGGUCUCGAAUCCAGCCCUGAAUCCGAACUUCAUCUGAUCAGGGCUUCCACCAUGAUCCAAAAGGCAAGAAACGAGAAGAACGAUGAUUCUCUUGCGAUGGCUCUUGCCGGAAUGUCUCUCCAUGAGAAUCGCUUCGGUGAUAAUGAGUCCGCUGCUAUGGAGUACGAAGACCAGGCACUUAGACUUCUGCGCAUGCGCCCUUGGCAGGAUUCAAUGGGCGUUGCUGAAGUGUUCCUGCAUUAUGUGCAGUAUCUGAAGAUGCCACGGGAGUUCUCACUGGGCCAUGAGGACAGAGUAAUGCUAGUCCAUUUCCUUCGAGGUGCGAAAGAAUUGAAGCUCAAACACAGCACAGCUGCAUACUUGGCUUCGGUGCCUCAGAGGCGGACGGCGUUCCAGAUGGCCAGUCCGCUCUUCUGCUCACUUUGUCCUGGGCCUUGGCCAUCCACGGUUCCACAGGACUUGCACAAAUAUGUGAUGAACCUGAAUAUACCUAGUCAUGAGGUUAGCCGCACUGCGUGUUUGAUACACAUCACAAGCGCACUGUGGGAUUACCAAUAUGAACCCGACAAAACCCGUCAGUUCCUUGCUCAUCUCAAUGAGCUUGUCGCGCAGUAUAAACUCGACAGAAAUCCCGCAUGUGAAACAUUCAUAUGGCUCCUACUUGAGGAACGAUGUAUCCCGAGGUUGAGAGACUCAGAACGGGCGUGGCGAAUGGGAGAGCUGCUGAAGAUGAUCAAAAAGCUACCACCUGAUUUACGAGUUGAGUACGGCAACAUUCUUUUCAGCUUUCUCAUGCUCGAGAGUCCUACUCUAGAAGUUGGGGAGUUUGAAAGAAGAGUGCUCGCUCUUUGA